GAGAGACCUGUAAAACAUGCACAAACAUUACGCUGAUAUGACGCUCACGAACAUUUCCUGCAGCAUCUCAUAAUCCAGACCAAACUCACUCAGAAAGUGGAUACAUUUUUUCCAGCUUGCUCUACGAGACCUCAACAUUUCCUCAAGUUAUUUUCAGCCAAACAGGAAAUCAGUUCCAGAUCCACCUCUAGCCUACCAUGUCUGAACCAGGUUCUGGUUGUGGUGUUCCAGCCCAGAGAAGCUCACAGCAGGGUCCAGAGUUGCUGUCAGUGAAGCUGGCGGACUGCAAUCAAACAGUGGAACUCAAUGUGAUUGUCAAAGAGGAGGAGGAGGAGAGAGAAAUCAAUGAGGGGGAGGGGGAAGAGCGAGAGGAGGACAGGGCCUCUGUUGACUCAGGAGAGAUCCCCAACCCAGACUCAGUCAACGAGCCCAGUUCCACAGCAUCAAGACUGCCUGGUUGUGAGAGUUACCCCUGUCCUCAAUGUGGGAAGUGUUUCAGUCGAGCAGGAGACCUGAAGACUCAUCAGAGAUCGCACAGUGGAGAGAAGCCUACCUGUACUUUCAAUGUGAUUGUCAAAGAGGAGGACGGUGACUGUACUCUCAAUGUGAUUGUCAAAGAGGAGGAGGAUGAGAAGGAAAAGAGAGGAGUUGAGGAAGAGAAGGAAACUAGUGGUAUAGUUGACCCAGAUACAUCAAGACUUCGUGGUCGUUACCCUUGUCCUCAAUGUGGAAAGAGUUUCAGUUCCUCAGGUAAUCUAAAGAAUCAUCAAAGAGUUCACAAUGGAGAGAAACCUCACCACUGCUCUCAAUGUGGAAAGGGUUUCAGUCGAGCAGGAGACCUGAAGACUCAUCAGAGAUCUCACAGUGGAGAAAAGCCUCACCACUGCUCUCUUUGUGGGAAGUGUUUCAGUCGAGCAGGAGACCUGAAGACUCAUCAGAGAUCGCACAGUGGAGAGAAGUCUGCCAGUACUUUCAAUGUGAUUGUCAAAGAGGAGGAGGAUGAAAAGGAAAUCGAUGAGACGGUAAAGAGAGAAGUUAAGGAAGAGCAGGAACCUAGUGGUGUAGUUGACCCAGAUACAUCAAGGCUAUCUGGUCAUGGUCGAUUCCCCUGUCAUCAGUGUGGGAAGAGUUUCCGUUCCUCAGGUAAACUAAAGAAUCAUCAAAGAGUACACAGUCGAGAGAAACCAUUUCACUGUGCCACAUGUGGGAAGAGUUUCCGUGAAAAAUUCAACCUCACGAGACACAAGAAGGUACAUAGUGGGGAGAAGCCGUAUCACUGCACCCAGUGUGGGAAAAGCUUCAAUCGUUCUGGAAGUCUUAAGGAACAUCAAAGAGUACAUACAGGGGAGAAGCCUUACCACUGCUCUCUUUGUCAGAAGAGUUUUAGCCAGCCAGGAAACCUUAAGAAACAUCAGAGAAUACACACAGGGGAGAAGCCUUACCGUUGCUCUCUGUGUGGAAAUAGUUUUUGUUUUGCUGGAAACCUAAAGAAUCAUCAGAGAUCACACUGUGGAGAGAAGCCUUACCGCUGCUCUCAGUGUGGGGAGGGAUUCCCUCAACUAAAAAGUCUUAAAAGCCAUCAGAAAAUACAUAUUGGAGAGACGUCUCCCUCUACUUUCAAUGUGAUUGUCAAAGAGGAGGAUGGUGACUGUACUUUCAAUGUGAUUGUCAAAGAAGAGGAGGAUGGGAAGAAAAUUGAUGAGAAGGAAGUGAGAGAAGUUGAAGAGGACGACAACAACAGUGGUGUAGUUGACCCAGAUACAUCAAGAUUGCCUGAUCGGGGUCGUUACCCCUGUCCUCAAUGUGGAAAGAUUUUCAGUUCCUCAAGUAAUCUUAAGAAUCAUCAAAGAGUACACACUGGAGAGAAACCUUUCCUCUGCUCCCAAUGUGGGAAGAGUUUCAGUGAGAAAGUAAACCUUAAGAGACACGAAAGAGUGCAUAGUGGAGAGAAGCCUUACCACUGCACCACAUGUGGGAAGAGCUUCAAUCAUUCAGGAAGCCUUAGAGAUCACCAGAGAAUUCAUACAGGGGAGAAACCUUACCACUGCUCACUUUGCGGAAAUAAUUUUCGUUUUGCAGGAGACCUAAAGAAUCAUCAGAGAUCACAUAGUGGAGAGAAACCUUACCAAUGUUCUCGGUGUGGAGAGGGAUUCACUCAGCUAAGAAGUCUAAGAAGUCAUGAGAGAAUAUCCAUUGGAGGGAAGCCUGCCUGUGCUUUCAAUGUGAUUGUCCAAGAAGAGAAAGAAGUUGAGGGAGAGGAGAGUGAUGUGAAAUAAACGUGAAGUGAGGAUAUAUAAGCUAACUAUAGGUAUUGAUAUUCACACCUAUCCUUGCAGUGGUGUCAUGGACUGCACCAUUUAGGGCUAUCUUCAUCUUCUUUUACUUCUGAGUGAAUUGGAAGUUCACAAAUGAACUCAACUUGAAUACCACCACCACCUAAUGUGCUAGAGAGUGUAUAAAUCUGACCUUUAUUUUGACAGGGAGUCAAUACUGAGACCGAGGUCUCUUUUCCAGAUGAGGCCUGUAUAGCACCACAAUACACAUUAAUAUACAAUAAACACAUUCAACUACCCAUUCAUAUACACAUUAAUAUACAAUAAACCCAUUAAACUACCAAUUCAUAUACACAUUAAUACACAAACACAUGCAACUACCCAUUCAUAAACACAAUAUACACAGUGUUAUACACAACAUGACACAAAGUAAAACACAAUCAUAAAAAAACAGACAUUCUUUAGCAACAAGGUCCCAUAACAACUGUCUGAAAUGCCCUCGGAGCACCAAUUCCUCCAAUUUUAAAAUGCAUUGUAGAUUAUUCGACACACGCAAGGCACAAGGAAACCAAAUGCUGAUCUACCGAACUCUGUAGACACCAAUGGAGUCUCUAGAGUUAACCAACCCCAAUGGAGUCUCUAGAGUUAACCAACCCCAAUGGAGUCUCAAGAGUUAACCAACACCAAUGGAGUCUCUAGAGUUAACCAACCCCAAUGGAGUCUCUAGAGUUAACCAACCCCAAUGGAGUUUCUAGAGUUAACCAACCCCAAUGGAGUUUCUAGAGUUAACCAACCCCAAUGGAGUUUCUAGAGUUAACCAACCCCAAUGGAGUCUCUAGAGUUAACCAACCCCAAUGGAGUCUCUAGAGUUAACCAACCCCAAUGGAGUCUCUAGUGUUAACCAAACCCAAUGGAGUCUCUAGUGUUAACCAACCCCAAUGGAGUCUCUAGAGUUAACCAACCCCAAUGGAGUCUCUAGAGUUAACCAACCCCAAUGGAGUUUCUAGAGUUAACCAACCCCAAUGGAGUUUCUAGAGUUAACCAACCCCGUGACCAGGUUUGAGUUUUAAAAAUCAGUAAGGGGUUUUCCUGCACAACUGUAAAAUCAGACUGUCGCCUUGUCACAGCCAGGUCAGCAGUCGGGGUAAUUCCGUAACGUAAUAUAGUAUCAUCCGUAUUUAGAUGAGAUCGAGACAAGAUCGUUAACAACUAUAGUGGUUGCUGUAGUAAUGCUAUUCCCAGGCCUAAAGCCUUUACAUGAGAUCGAUAUACUGAACAAUACAUUUUCCAUUCACACAAAAAAAGCUUAUUUUGUGCUCAAAUUUGUUUACGUCCUUGUUAUUGAGCAUUUUUUUCUUUUGUGAAGAUAAUCCAUCCACCUGACAGAUGUGUCAUAUCCAGAAGCUGAUUAAAUAGCAUGACCAUUACAGCGUGAACACUGACAAACUGAUGUCCCAGCCUUAUUAGUCUAGUCAUGGUAAAAACAUGACGUCUGGCCUCCCGAGUGUCACAGCGGUCUAAGGCACUACUGUCUUUCUUUUGAAUGCACAGAUGACACAAUAAACAACAAUAUCUAACGUUUAACUACCACAGUAUCAUGUUACAGGGCAAUUUCACAAUUACAUAGUCAUAAUCUCAAGCACCACUCCCAACAUCAACAUUUGUGAAAAUGGCACAUUUUUAUGUUUUGCAGUAAAAUAUAUAGAGGAAUAUGUGUUUAUAUGUUGUUGUUUUUUUGCAGUGAAAUAUAUAGAGGAAUAUGUGUUUCCAAUGACAUCAGUGUGAUUUUAUCCAAUUAUCAGGAGGAAUUUGUUUAGUAAUUACCUACUAAUUGGUUGAUGAUGUCAUCACAUAUGUUGAUGUUGGGGUGGUGCUGGAGAUGAUGAAUGUGUAGUAUGUUUUUUUUUUUAAAUACAUUAUUUCCUGUUAAAGCAACGCAUGUACAUGACUAACAUGUAAAACAGUAACAUAGUCUAUAGAGGCCUGUAUACUGGGGGCUGAGUCUAUAGAGGCCUGUAUACUGGGGGCUGAGUCUAUAGAGGCCUGUAUACUGGGGGCUGAGUCUAUAGAGGCCUGUAUACUGGGGGCUGAGUCUAUAUAUAGUGUAUACUGGGGGCUGAGUCUAUAGAGGCCUGUAUACUGGGGGCUGAGUCUAUAGAGGCCUGUAUACUGGGGGCUGAGUCUAUAGAGGCCUGUAUACUGGGGGCUGAGUCUAUAGAGGCCUGUAUACUGGGGGCUGAGUCUAUAUAUAGUGUAUACUAGGGGCUGAGUCUAUAUAGUCUAUAGAGGCCUGUAUACUGGGGACUGAGUCUAUAGAGGCCUGUAUACUGGGGGCUGAGUCUAUAGAGGCCUGUAUACUGGGGGCUGAGUC